AUGCGGUCAUUUUCCAUCAUCGCGCUCUGCGCCAGCCUCGUUGGCGCAAAUCCCGUGCUUAUGCGCAGUGACAAAACUGUCGUGGACAAUGAUACGUUCAAGAAAAUGGUGUACUAUCUUGGGUUCCCGAGAUUCACCCAUUAUCUCGCAACGAAUACCACCUGCGCUCCUGGCAAUGGCGGUGAAUUGAUCGAGUACAUCAACGUCACUUCGACAGAUACCCAGGCAGCGCUUUGGAAGAGCACCAGCACCAAGGAAAUCGUCCUAGGUAUCCCAGGUACUUCGGGCGACCGGGAUGUCUUUACCGAUCUGGAAAUUGCAUUGGUCUCGUACAAGUCGCCCAACGUCGACUGUACUGAUGACUGCAAAGUGCACGACGGCUUCCAGAAAGCGUGGAACUCGAUUGAACCAGCCGUUUCGGCUAGUCUCGCAAAGGCCCUGAAAGCCAACCCAGGAUACACCACCAUCGUCAGCGGGCAUUCGCUAGGUGCCGCAAUCGCCGCUCUUGCGUUUGCCUCUCUGGUAAACGGCCCGUACAACGUCACCACAGCGUACACAUAUGGCCAGCCGAGAACCGGUAACCAGGCAUUUGCCAACUACCUCGACUCUAUCUCCGGAGCUUCAGACACCGAACCCGGCAUUCUUUACCGCGUCACGCACAGCAAUGUUGAGCACGGGGCGAGCAAGAACCCGGACAAAACAGGACAAGUUAUGCAGAGAGAGGAUACGGCCCCAGUCGCGGAACUACAAAGACUGAGCUUCACAAUGUGGAGUGGGCACAGCUAA